GUUUAAGGGCAAUAAGCAGUUAAAGUUGAGGUAACUAAAAAUACCUUUAAAUCUAGAGUUUGUCCAAGAGCUUUCUGUAUAGGGGGAUUUAAAAGAACCCAUCAACAGCUGACAUGAGGCUGGUCACUGAUGGGGUCCGAAUCCGGAGGGCUGCUGAGCCUUCCGAACCAGAAUCGGAGGAAGCAACAGAACCAGCUCAUCAUGAACAUACUCAUUCAGAGCACCACGAACACUCACAUACAGAACAUCACCCAGGCCAUGACUACAAUCACAUGAAGGAGAAGUUCAUGAAUGAACUGAGUCAUCUGCCAAUUCCUAUGUGGGCAGUGGCAGCCAUUGUUGUGGUGGUCCUGGUUUUGGUGGCAUGCUGUAUCUUCUGUGUUUUCAAAAAAUGCUUUGCGAAAAAGAAAAAGCCAAAGAAGGCGAGGGAAAGGAAAGCAGGUCGCCACAGAAAGACAAAGGAAGGUGAAGGAGAGGCUGGAGAGAAGGAGGGGGAAGAGAAGAAAGAAGGGGAAGAGGAGGAGAAAGAACAGGAAAAGUUGGGUAGACUGGAGUUCUCCUUGGACUACAACUUCACAGAUUCACAGCUUAUAGUGGGCAUCCUUCAGGCUCAGGAUCUUGCUGCCAUGGAUAUGGGGGGAACUUCAGACCCCUAUGUCAAAGUUUUUCUGUUGCCAGACAAAAAGAAGAAAUAUGAGACCAAGGUUCAACGCAAAAACCUGUGUCCUGUCUUCAAUGAGACUUUUAUUUUUAAGAUUCCAUAUGCAGAGCUGGGCGGAAAGACUUUAGUGCUGCAGGUUUUUGACUUUGAUCGUUUCUCUAAGCAUGACAUGAUUGGUGAAAUAAAGAUUCCAAUGAACAGUGUUGAUUUGGGCCAGCCCAUGCAGCAAUGGAGGGACGUAGAGAGUGGUGAGAAGGAGGAGCAAGAAAAACUGGGUGAUAUUUGCAUUUCCCUACGCUAUGUACCAACUGCUGGGAAACUGACAGUAAACAUUAUGGAGGCCAAGAAUCUUAAAAAAAUGGAUGUUGGUGGCUUAUCAGAUCCAUAUGUGAAGAUUGUCCUGCAACAAAAUGGGAAGCGGAUUAAAAAGAAGAAGACAACAGUCAAGAAAAACACACUCAAUCCUUACUUUAAUGAGAGUUUCAGCUUUGAAGUCCCUUUUGAACAAAUACAGAAAGUACAGGUUGUCAUCACGGUAUAUGAUUAUGAUAAACUUGGGAGCAAUGACCCCAUCGGAGGGACCUUUAUGGGCUAUGGAGCUACAGGAGUUGGAUUGCGCCAUUGGUCAGAUAUGCUUGCCAAUCCCAGACGUCCAGUAGCCCAGUGGCACACUCUCCUGACUGAAGAAGAAGUAGAAGCAGCACUCAAAGCAAAACCUCGUUAGAGCACCUUGAUGGAACACUACAUGCUGCUGAGAUGUUAUUUGGUGUAAAACCUGGUGUUUUAUCAAUAUGCAUGUUGUGCUUUCCAUUUUGUUUCCUUUGAGAUACAGGCAUAUGACAAAUGAAAGCAAAAUAAAAGGGGAUAGGUCUUAUUAUCUUUUCUGAUAUGCAGUCAAAAUAAUUUGGGUGGUUUUGUCCCCACUGCUAUUAGUGGUGUCCUUGUUGCAAGGUGAUUUUCACAUCCUCUGCAAUAACUCUUAUUUUCUAUGGGCAUAAGUGGACUCAAGUAUACAUGGCAAAGUGCUAUCUGCCUGUAGGGGUAAAUGGUUCAAGAGGAUUUUUUUUUUGUUGUUGUUGUUGUUGUUUUUGUUUGUUUUUUUUUGUCACCUGCCUGUACUUUGUAAUGUGAGAGUGUAUGUUGUGUGUGUAUGUGCCCUCACAACUGUGUAUCAUGUAAUUAUAACAUAAUUUUUUAUAUUUGAUUAUAAUGAAAACCUUGGCUUCUCCUAUAUACCUUACUCUGUAAUCCAACAUGAUUCUGUGUUUGUAUAUUUGGAAAACAGUUAUUUGUAAAUGUGCACCUUCUCUGUAUACCCAUGUAUCAGCAUAGCAUUUGGAUGUAUAAAUGAAUGAUUCACAGAAUUACACUGUGCUGUGAAACGAUGGUUGUCUCUGGUGAUCUGGUAGGGUUUUUAGAUUAGAAAUGUCUCAUUUUGUAGUGCUGUUGUGUGACAAAGCUGUAAAAUGCAAUUAAACCUACCAUGGCCAGUU